GUCAGACGACGGUCAGACCCAUUGUAGACUCUCUCUCUCUCUGCCUUGUACUCAAACACAAAGCUUUGCCUUGCCCAACUCCUCUCUCUCUCUCUCUCUCUCUCUCUCUCUCUGUGAUCGAACAGAGGAAGCCAUAGAUGGCGAGCGAUAACGAGCCCGCGAAGCUCCUCUUGCCGUACCUCCAACGUGCCGAUGAGUUGCAGAAACACGAGCCUCUCGUCGCGUAUUACUGUCGAUUGUACGCAAUGGAGCGAGGGCUGAAGAUCCCUCAGAACGAGCGUACCAAGACCACCAAUUCCCUCCUUAUUUCCCUCAUGAAGCAGCUUGAAAAGGAUAAGAAGUCACUGCAGUUGGGGCCAGAAGACAAUCUGUAUCUUGAGGGAUUUGCCUUAAAUGUUUUUGGGAAGGCAGACAAGCAAGAUCGUGCUGGUCGAGCAGAUUUGAAUACUGCAAAAACAUUUUAUGCUGCUAGCAUUUUCUUUGAGAUUAUUAACCAGUUUGGCGUGCUUCAGCCUGAUCUUGAGCAGAAACAAAAGUAUGCAGCUUGGAAAGCAGCAGAUAUAAGGAAAGCUUUGAAAGAAGGAAGGAAGCCUCAAGCAGGGCCCCCUGCUGGAGAUGAUGAUCUUUCAGUUCCAUCGAGUGGGAUGAGUGGUUCAUAUGAUCUUGGGCCAAGUGAAGCUGCAGUUACCAGUCCUGGACCACAAUCUGAUCCAUCACCCCAGUUUUAUGAUGAAGUCAACAAGCAGCACUCUACAGACACUUUACCUCCUCAGUUUCAUGAUAAUGCCAAAAUCCAGCGUUCAGCUAGCCUUCAAUCCUCACCUGAGUUCCAUGAUGAAGUCAAUGGCCAGCAUUCUUCUAACAAUGUGCCACCACCUCGGUCUUACUCAACUGCUGGUUACUCUUCCCAUGAUUUCCUCCCACCUCCUCCAACAAAUAGACCAGAAACUUCUGAUUAUUCUCAGCCAUACCAGCAGCAACCCUACCCGCAUGAACCCCAACAGCAUUUGCCACAUAACUAUCCUUCUCAUGAAAAUAAUUUCUCCUAUCCUAAUUUCCAAUCUUAUCCAAGUUUUACAGAAAGCAAUAUUCCAGCAGUCACAUCCCACUAUCCCUCUUACUAUCAGGGCUCUGAUCCUUCCUACUCUGCCCAGUCAGCUCCUUCCUACGCUGCCCAGUCAGCUCCUUCCUAUUCUCUCCAGUCAGCUCCUUCAACUGCCCAAUACCAGUCGAGCAACAGAAAUGGGACUGUUCCAGAACCUGCUCCUACUCCUACUCCUGCAAAGACAUACCAGUAUGACAGUAGCUACCAGCCAUCACCUGAGAAAAUUGCCGAGGCACAUAAGGCUGCCAGAUUUGCAGUUGGGGCGUUGGCAUUUGAUGAUGUGUCAGUUGCAGUAGAUCACUUAAUUAAAUCACUUGAACUGUUGACGAAUCCAUCAGCUGGUCAGUGAGUUUCUCAUUUCUAGGUGCUUGGAAUUCCAGAUGUUUGCCAUAGUUUGUUUGCGUGAGUAAUAUGUAAAUGUCACUGGAUGGUGGAUAAAUGCACGGAAAAGUUACUUUUAAUCGUGAUGCACGAAUGGAAAUGAAAACCGCGGAUUUAUGCUUCAUAUUCUCUUAAGCAUGUAAUUUGCUCAUUAGACACGAGUUUGUAUGUGGACUUACAUGGAUGUGAGUUGAAGUUGGUUUUCAUUUAUAUCUUUGUGUAAUUCAA